AGCUGUCUCCGUGUACCUUCCAUGAACAGAUCGGUCCUAGGGAAGUCCUUCAUAGGUGAAGACCUAGUGCCGCCUGGCCUUUCUCAGUGCUGCCCACCCGCUGUUGAAUCCAGAGAACAGCUGGAGGAAGUGGAGGGGAGGGAGGAAAACCAGGAGGACAACAAUGAUGGCUUCCACACAUCACUCCUUAGAAGGUCCGGGGCUUUCCGUGCCCGUAGUCACACUAGUGACUCCCUCAAAAGACACAGUUGGGGUCCUGGAAAGGAGUUCCAGGACCCAAUAAGCAGGAGGAGACUGCAGUCAUCGGAAUGCCCAGGCUCCCAGGAAAUCCUUUUUCUACAGAGCCUCGAGGAAUUGGGCACCCCUCUGGGAGCUCAGCAGCAGGAGCAGGAGCAGCGGAGUGGCCAACCCUUCCACCGGGGUCAGAGUUUCUGUCAUCCAUCUGCUGCCUCUUCGGUUCACUCGGCCCCUGGCAUGCUGUCCAAGGCUGUGUCCAUGAGUGGUAUCAAUCUCCUCUUGGACUGCUCAGAUCCAAAUGGUAACUCAACCCAGUCCCAUGCCACAGACCUCAACAAAUGUGGUAAACAGCUGGAAGAGGGCUCGGGGACCUGGACAGGCUCCUCCCUGCGACGGACCUUCAGCUUCCUUUUGGGCAUGACCGGCAGGGACAAGACCCGGGAAAAGGAGAAGAUGAAGGAAGCCAAAGAUGCCCGCUAUACCAACGGCCACCUCUUCACCACCAUCUCGGUCUCCGGCAUGACUAUGUGCUAUGCCUGCAACAAGAGCAUCACGGCUAAGGAAGCCCUCAUUUGUCCCACAUGUAACGUGACCAUCCACAACCGCUGUAAAGACACCCUGGCCAACUGUACCAAGGUCAAACAGAAGCAACAGAAAGCUGCACUGUUGAGGAACAACACAGCCCUGCAGUCCGUCUCUCUACGAAGUAAGACAAGCACCAGAGAGCGGCCAACGUCUGCCAUCUACCCUUCUGACAGCUUCCGGCAGUCCCUCCUGGGUUCUCGGCGGGGCCUCUCCUCCUUGUCUUUGGCCAAAAGUGUUUCCACUACCAACAUUGCUGGACAUUUCAAUGAUGAGUCUCCUCUGGGGCUGCGUCAGAUCCUCUCCCAGUCCACAGACUCCCUCAACAUGCGGAACCGAACCCUGUCUGUGGAAUCCCUUAUUGAUGAAGGUGUAGAAGCGUUCUACAACGAGCUGAUGAGCGACUUUGAGAUGGACGAGAAGGACUUUGAGGCAGAUUCGUGGAGCCUUGCUGUGGACAGCAGCUUCCUGCAGCAGCAUAAGAAGGAGGUGAUGAAGAAGCAAGAUGUCAUCUACGAGCUGAUCCAGACAGAGCUGCACCAUGUGAGAACCUUGAAGAUUAUGACCCGCCUCUUUCGCACUGGGAUGCUGGAAGAGUUGCAGAUGGACCCAGAAGUGGUCCAGGGCCUAUUCCCCUGUGUGGAUGAGCUUAGUGACAUUCACACACGUUUCCUUAGUCAGCUUUUAGAACGGCGGCGCCAGGCCCUAUGUCCAGGCAGCACCCGGAACUUUGUCAUCCAUCGUUUGGGAGACUUGCUCAUCAACCAGUUCUCAGGUUCCAGUGCUGAGCAGAUGCGUAAGACCUACUCAGAGUUCUGCAGCCGCCACACCAAGGCCUUAAAGGUCUAUAAGGAGCUGUACGCUCGAGACAAACGCUUCCAACAGUUCAUCCGGAAAAUGACUCGCUCAGCUGUGUUGAAGCGGCAUGGGGUUCAGGAGUGUAUUCUCCUGGUGACUCAGCGGAUCACCAAAUACCCAGUGCUCAUCAACCGCAUCUUGCAGAAUUCCCAUGGGAUAGAAGAAGAGUACCAAGACUUGACAGCAGCCCUAGGGCUAGUGAAGGAGUUGCUGUCCAAUGUGGACCAGGAUGUGCAUGAGCUAGAGAAAGAGGCCCGCCUGCAGGAGAUUUACAACCGAAUGGAUCCUCGGGCUCAGACCCCCAUACCCGGCAAGGGCCCCUUCGGCCGAGAUGAACUUUUGCGGAGAAAACUUAUCCACGAUGGCUGCCUGCUCUGGAAGACAGCCACGGGCCGCUUUAAAGAUGUCCUGUUGCUGCUGAUGACAGAUGUGCUGGUAUUUCUCCAGGAAAAGGACCAGAAAUAUAUUUUCACAUCCCUGGACAAGCCCUCAGUGGUCUCCUUGCAGAAUCUCAUCGUAAGAGACAUUGCCAACCAGGCGAAAGGGAUGUUUCUGAUUAGUUCUGGCCCACCUGAAAUGUAUGAGGUACAUGCAGCAUCCCGAGAUGACCGCACUACCUGGAUCCGUGUCAUCCAGCAGACUGUGCGCUUAUGCCCGCCUAGGGAGAACUUCCCUCUGAUUGAGACCGAGGAUAAGGCGUACCUCCGAAGAAUCAAGACAAAACUACAGCAGAAAAACCAGGCCCUGGUGGAGUUGCUCCAGAAGAAUGUUGAGCUGUUUGCUGAGAUGAUCCACUUUCAGGCCUUAAAAGGUGGCUUCGUUGGGAUGCCCCCGCCCGCCCUGCCCAGGGGCCUUUUCCGCCUUGAGUCCUUUGAGUCCCUUCGAGGCGAGCGUCUGCUAAAAGAUGCCCUUCGUGAAGUGGAAGGCCUGAAAGACCUGCUGUUGGGCCCUUGUGUGGACCUGCCUUUGACAUCCCGAGAACCAGCCUUACCCUUAGAAUCUGACAGUGGUGGCUGUCCUGGGGUCACUGCCAAUGGAGAGGCCAGAACCUUCAAUGGCUCCAUUGAGCUCUGUAGAACAGACUCAGAUUCCAGCCAGAAGGAUCGGAAUGGAAAUCAGUUAAGGUCACCACAGGAGGAGGCGUUACAGCCAUUGGUCAAUCUCUAUGGACUGCUACAUGGCCUGCAGGCUGUUGUGGUCCAGCAGGAAAGACUGAUGGAAGCCCUGUUCCCAGAGGGCCCUGAACGUUGGGAAAAGCUAUCCCGAGCCAACUCUCGGGAUGGUGAAGCUGGCCGGGCUGCAGUUGCUUCUGUAGCUCCUGAGAAGCAGGCCACGGAGCUGGCAUUACUGCAGAGGCAACACACCCUGUUGCAGGAAGAGCUGCGGCGCUGCCAGCGGCUUGGGGAAGAGCGGGCAAGUGAAGCUGGCAGCCUGGAGGCCAGGCUCCGAGAGAGCGAGGCCCGGGCUGCCCUGCUGGAGCGCCAGCUGGCAGCCUUGGGCCAAAACGAGCCACUCCCAGCAGAAGCACCCUGGGCUCGCAGGCCUCUCGACCCUCGGCGCCGCAGCCUUCCAGCGGGUGAUGCUCUAUACAUGAGCUUCAAUCCUCCCCAGCCCAGUCGAGGCCAUGACCGCCUGGAUUUGCCUGUGACUGUUCGUUCCCUCCACCGACCCUUUGAUGACCGAGAGGGGCAAGAACUUGGUAGCCCCGAGGAUCGACUGCAGGACAGCAGUGACCCUGAUACUGGUAGUGAGGAGGAAGUCAAUAGCCGCCUGUCUCCACCCCACAGUCCACGAGACUUCACCCGAAUGCAGGAUAUUCCUGAAGAGACUGAAAGCCGAGAUGGGGAGCCUACGGCUUCAGAGAGCUAAGGGGACACUUCCCCCCUGCCUGGUGCCCCACUGAAGAACAUCAGUAAAGGGGGCAAACCUUGAAAGAACUGCUGAUUGUCCUUGCCAGUCCCUGAGAUCCCUGGAUACCCAGGGGUCAUGGGAACUUGGGGACAUAGAGGCCACCGCACUCCUGGUGUUCUCUAACAGCCACACCGCAGAUGCCGACUUUUCAUGCCUUCUCCCCCUACUUAGGAAAAAUUAUUUAUUUAUUGUUUAUUGGUUAUGGGGGGGGAGAGUGAUUUAAAGGGCCAGGGACAUGGGAACCAAGCCAUAGGUCUCGGAGAACCUCUCCUUUAAUACCACUGGGAUGUGUUUGGCCUUAGCCACACAGCCUAACAUCCACCCCAGUGACACCCAUCUGUGGCCACAAAACCUACUGCCCCUUUAAGGAGGGCUGUGGGUAGGACCAUGUCCCUUUCCCCACUCCCCUUAGCCUCUUUCUGCUGUUCUUCUUUCUCUUCAUCCUCCAUGGAAAUCUGGCUCCUUGGAGUUGAUGGGGCAGAGGCUAGGGUGGCCAUAAUGUAUUGGGGUGGGGAAAGAAGAAUCUACAGGGACCAGAAUGUUUUGUUGUUUUUGUUUUUGUUUUUGUUUUGUACCAAAGCCAGCCGCACCUGUUUUAUAUUUUUAAAAGAAGAUUGUAGGCACUUCUAGCUCCAUGUCUUUGAACUUGAGGAAUUAGGGAGACAGUGACUUAUUUCAUUCACUGUCAGGGGGCUCCUAUCCAGAACUCUUCCUCAGCCAUUUGAAAGAAGCUCUAAGGUGGGUUGGGAAACCUAUGAAUGCUCACCUCAUCUCCCACCGUGGCAACUACGUUUGAAAUGUAAGCAAAAAUUGGGGGAGGGGAAUUCUUUUUUCAAUGCAACCCUAAUGUCCACCAGCGAUAGCCAUUUGUCUGCCAAUUUAAUUGUUAAAAAGCAAAACAAAGUAAACAGUAACAACAAAGAAAAGAAAGGAAGGAAGAAUGAAAGAAAGAAAGAAAGAAGGAGAGAAAGAAGGAAAGAAAAAGCUCAAGCAGGGAAAGAAAUUAAAGACCCGAAAUGUAUGAGGUGCUGUCUUAGUGCCCAUUCUGAGGACUUCGGUGCAUGCAGCCAGGCAGUGACCAUGGUUUCUGAAAAGGGGCUGUCACUACCUCACUGAAGAGGGCAUGAAUGGAUGCAGCUGCUCAAACUCUUAUUAAAAAUCUCAAAAUUGCAA